GGAGGGGCGGGGCGGGCGCGGGGCUGCGGUUAGUCUCGCGCCGCGGUAGCGAGCGCGUGAGGCGUUCGGUGCUGUGUCGCGUGCUGGUCGGAAGUAGCAGCAACAGCCGCAGCCGCCGUGUGAAGGAGCCAUGAAGCACUAUGAGGUGGAGAUUCUGGACGCGAAGACGCGGGAGAAGCUGUGCUUCCUGGACAAGGUGGAACCCCACGCCACCAUUGCCGAGAUCAAGAACCUCUUCACCAAGACCCAUCCACAGUGGUACCCUGCCCGCCAGUCCCUCCGCCUGGACCCCAAGGGCAAGUCCCUGAAGGAUGAGGAUGUCCUGCAGAAGCUGCCUGUGGGCACCACAGCCACACUGUACUUCCGGGACCUGGGGGCCCAGAUCAGCUGGGUGACAGUGUUCCUCACGGAGUAUGCAGGGCCCCUUUUCAUCUACCUGCUCUUCUACUUCCGGGUACCCUUCAUCUAUGGCCACAAAUACGACUUCACGUCCAGUCGGCACACAGUCGUGCACCUUGCCUGCAUCUGCCACUCAUUCCACUACAUCAAGCGCCUGCUGGAGACGCUCUUCGUGCAUCGCUUCUCCCACGGCACCAUGCCCCUGCGCAACAUCUUCAAGAACUGCACGUACUACUGGGGCUUCGCUGCCUGGAUGGCCUAUUACAUCAACCACCCUCUCUAUACACCCCCCACCUACGGAGCUCAGCAGGUGAAGCUGGCGCUCGCCAUCUUUGUAAUCUGCCAGCUCGGCAACUUUUCCAUCCAUGUGGCCCUGCGGAACCUGCGGCCGGCAGGGUCCAAGACAAGGAAGAUCCCAUUCCCCACCAAGAACCCCUUCACGUGGCUCUUCCUGCUGGUGUCCUGCCCCAACUACACCUACGAGGUCGGCUCCUGGAUUGGCUUCACCAUCAUGACACAGUGCCUCCCAGUGGCUCUCUUCUCCCUGGUUGGCUUCACCCAAAUGACCAUCUGGGCCAAGGGCAAGCACCGAAGCUACCUGAAGGAGUUCCGUGACUACCCGUCUCUGCGCUCGCCCAUCAUCCCCUUCCUGCUCUGAGCUGCUGCCCCUGCUG